GCGGUAGUUGGACGUCAGCGCGCAAACGCAGCGGGCCCGGACGGGGGGGCGCCCGCCGUGGGAGCCGGCACGCAGGCGCGGGGUCCUCCCUGGUAAGGGCAAGCGCCCGCAGGGCAGCAGAGCGCAGGCGUGUCGCCGGUGGCGGAGCCCGAGAGGCGGGCAGCGGAUUUCCGGUUCCGGGAGCAACGAACGGCCGCGGCGGCGACAGCUACAGCUACGGAGGAAGCGGCUGCGGAGGAGGAAGAAGAGGAACAGGGCAAGGCGGGAGUCGCAGGCGGGACCCUCGCCAUGGGUCCGCGGGCCUAGAGCGGCGGAAGCUCCCGGCCCGGUGCCGAGCUGGCCGCUGCUCCUUCCCGUGGCCCCCAUGGCUGAGGACUGGCUGGACUGCCCAGCUCUGGGCCCUGGCUGGAAGCGCCGUGAGGUCUUUCGCAAGUCAGGUGCCACCUGUGGACGCUCAGACACCUAUUACCAGAGCCCCACAGGAGACAGGAUCCGAAGCAAAGUUGAACUGACCCGAUACCUGGGCCCUGCGUGUGACCUCAGCCUCUUUGACUUCAAACAAGGCAUCCUGUGUUAUCCAGCUCCCAAGGCCCCAUCGUUGGCCAUCCCCAACAAAAAGCGGAAGAAGCCUUCAAAGCCAGCCAAGGCUCAGAAACGUCAAGUUAAACCCCAGAAGAGUGAGGUCAGGAAGGAAGCUCCAGUAGAUGAGGCCAAGACUGACACUGCCACAGCCCCAGCUUCGCUCCCUGCACCUGGGUGCUGUGAGAACUGUGGAAUCAGCUUUGCAGGAGAUGGUACCCGAAGGCAGAGACUCAAGACAUUAUGCAAGGACUGCCGAGCACAGAGAAUUGCUUUCAACCGGGAGCAGAGGAUGUAUAAGCGUGUGGGCUGCGGGGAGUGUGCAGCCUGCCAGGUAACCGAGGACUGCGGGGCCUGCUCCACCUGCCUCCUGCAGCUGCCCCAUGAUGUGGCCUCGGGGCUGUUCUGCAAGUGUGAGAGGAGACGGUGCCUAAAGAUCGUGGAAAGGAGCCGAGGGUGUGGAGUAUGCCGGGGCUGUCAGACUCGAGAGGACUGUGGCCGUUGCCGUAUCUGCCUUCGCCCUCCCCGCCCUGGUCUCAGGCGCCAGUGGCGGUGCGUUCAGCGGCGCUGCCUACGGCACCUUGCCCACCGCCUCCGUCGCCACCAUCAGAGAUGUCAACGACGCCCUCCUUUAGCUGUGGCUCCCCCUGCUGGUAAACAUGGCCGCCGUAGGGGAGGUUGUGACACUAAGACAACUGCCAGGCGGCGCCCCCGAGCCCAGCCACUGCCUCCGCUUCCCCCAUCACAACCUCCAGGGUCCCCAGAGCUGCACCCCAGAACCCAGGCCCCCUCGCCACCUGCCGAGUUCAUCUAUUACUGUGUAGACGAGGACGAGCUACAGCCUUACACAAAUCGCCGGCAGAACCGAAAGUGUGGGGCCUGUGCAGCCUGCUUACGGAGGAUGGACUGUGGUCACUGCGACUUCUGCUGUGACAAGCCCAAAUUCGGGGGCAGUAACCAGAAGCGCCAGAAGUGCCGUUGGCGCCAAUGCCUGCAGUUUGCCAUGAAGCGGCUGCUGCCAAGUGUCUGGGAAGGACCUGAGGAUGGGGCAGAGCCAUCCCCACCUUACCCUCGUCGAAAGAGGCCUGGCUCUUCUCGGAGGCUUGGGCUGGGCCCAACAAUGAAGCCCCCCUUGGCCAAGCGCACAGCCCGAGCAGACCGGGCUCAUACUCUAAUGAAGCAGGAAGCAGGUGGUGGCUUUGUGCUGCCCCCACCUGGCACCGACCUUGUCUUCUUACGGGAGGGUGCAAGCAGUCCUGUGCAGGUGCCAGGCCCUGCCUCAGCUACCACAGAGGCCGUGUUGCAGGAGGCCCAGUGCCCUGGCCUGACUUGGGUUGUGGCCUUACCCCAGGUGAAGCAAGAGAAGGCGGAUGCCCAGGAAGACUGGACACCAGGCACAGCUGUCCUGACUUCACCUGUAUUGUUUCCUGGCUGCCCCAGCAAGACAGUAGACCCAGGCCUGCUAGCUGUGAAGCAGGAGCCACCUGACCCUGAGGAGGACAAGGAGGACUCCGCCUCUGACUCGGCCCCAGAGGAGGAGGCAGGAGGGGCUGGCACACCUGUGAUCACGGAGAUUUUCAGCCUGGGUGGAACCCGCCUCCGGGACACAGCAGUCUGGUUGCCAAGUCUGCAGGGCAGGCAAUCGAGAAAGGAAGAUGGACAUAAAGUGUGGGAGACCAAGAACACAUUGGCGCCCAGGAGCACGAGCUGGAACCCGCGAGGAUGGCCGGGAACCCAUGUCAGUCUCUCACCACCUCCAACUUCGAUGAUGUGGGUGUCCUGCAGAAGCUGGUGCCCUUCAUCACAGAGUUAAAUAUGCAUCUGGCCCAGGAAUUAAGAGAAGCUGAAGGAAGAUCCGGGCAAGGUGGAGCAGCUGCAGGCCUGGAUGCAGGCCUGACUGCUGCCCCACACCAACGAGGUGAGCCAGCAGAUAAAUGACAACAUGUGUGAACUGCAACAGUGCCUGGUGCCCCUGCACCAACCCUCCAAGUGUAAAAAACUAUGCUGCUGCUUCACUUCUGCCCUCCAGUUAUCACACAAAAUGUGGCCCAUCCUAUCCGGAAGCAUACGGGGAAGGGAGUUCUGGGAAACGUAGCCUAGUCAAGGUGACACAUUACAAAGCCACCCUGCCAUGAAUCAGCUCCCAAGGGUCUCACUACUCACCUGAGGAUAACUUGAUAACCUACGUUGCUGAAAAUGCAAAGCUGAAGACCAUGGAUUUCAUGGUGACCCCAGCAAGUACAGAAAUUGUCAAGGCCACCCAGAAAAAACUUGCUGGUCUCGGCUUUUUUUUUUUUUUUUUUUUUUUUUUUUUUUUUUUUUUGCAUUCAUCGAGUAUUGAGAACCUGGCCCGUGUAGGCGCUGUACUUAAUGCUGGGAUACAGGAACGAAAAAGAUAUAGUCCAUGCAAUUUUAUUAAAUGCCUCAUUAUGUAUUACAAAUGGUGAAUGGAUUUCCAACUUUGUCAUGGAAUUUAAUGGUGAACAUAUAGAAUUCAGGAAACUGUUGGGAGGACAGCCCUUGUGUGAACCUUGUUGGGGCAUCAUAGGAAUUGGAAAUAAUAUAGUUUCUAUCUCUAAGCUGUUCUAUUUUAAAGUUUUUAAAAUGAUUUUUGUCCCAUUUACUGAUUUCAGUUAGUGUUUCUUUGGGGAUGGUUAUGAUGGUGGUAACUGUUGUCUGAGAAAGUGGGGAAUAGUGGGUGGCAAGAUCAAGGUCAGGUUCUGUCCAAUAACUUUGGUCAAGUCACUUCUCUAAGCACCCGGGGAGGGGCCAAGGGUGUCAGAAGGUUGGACUCAAGGGGCCAGCCCCUGGACCGGCCAGGCCCCACCAACCUGCGAGUGUGCCCACCAGGGGGCAGUGCGGUUAGCCCACUGGGGCACGGGAGCCGCUGCCCCUCACCCUCGGCCUGGACGGCCCUGGGGCGUGGCCUGCGCCAGCAGUGCGUCCGUCCGACCCAGGGCCAGCCGGGAGAAAGCCGAGUCCAUUCUUCGUGUAAUGGUAAAACCGGCAGAGUAACUGGAGUUAAGUUAACGGGAUUUGUUCAGGAUGAGGGCGCGGCACGACGAGCUCAGGACGACGCUGGGACAUUCGAGGGCAGCCUGAUGUCGCCGAACUCUUCGAUGGGACCCUCUGGGCCGAUGGGUUUUUUUGGGACCUCGGGGCUGCCCGACAGGCGCCUGAGAAUCUCCGCGGCUUUUCCCAAACCCUGGCGGGUGGCGGGUGCUUUCAUUCCUUACCUUUCUCCCCAAGGGCGUGGUGUGGGGGAGGGUCCUCAUACCAACCUGCGGGGCCAGGUGCCUGUGGGACCUGAAGAUCAAGGAGCUGGCUGGCCCUAGGACUCCAUGCCGGAACGAUGCGACCAGCUAAUUCUUUGUUUCUUGUUUG